UGUUAAAUCUCUCUUAAUCGAGAAGAAGCUUGACGAAUAAGAUCAUCUCUAUCUCUCUCUCUCUCUCACCUUCGUUCCUUCCACGAUCUUCUUCGUUUCAAUUUGAUCCUUCUUCCUUCCUUCGGAGACAUUUCCCCAAUCUCUUCAACUGUUUUGAUUUGCCGCCAUGUAUCGACGCGCCACUUCCGGCGUGCGUUCUGCCUCGCUGUCGAGGCUUUCUUCUUCCAUCACGAAGAUCGCUUCUACCGAAACAGCUUCGGUUUCUUCUCCAUCCGCCACGUCCGUUCUCAAUCAGACGACGAACCGAUCUAAGAGCUUCUCGUCGGCUCUCCGCUCGUUUCGCGUUUGCUCUGCUUCGACGCGGUGGAGCCAUGGUGGGAGCUGGAGAUAUCCUGCUAGCCUUCGUGCUCAAUCUAGGAACUCUGCUCCGGUGAUGGAGAAAUUUGAGAGGAAAUACGCAACCAUUGCUUCUGAGCAUGCCUACAAGGAUAUUUUGACAAGUCUACCUAAACCUGGUGGUGGAGAGUAUGGACAGUACUACUCGUUACCAGCUUUAAACGAUCCAAGAGUUGAUAAGCUGCCAUACUCUGUAAGGAUACUAUUGGAAUCAGCAAUUCGUAAUUGUGACAACUAUCAAGUUACAAAGGAUGACGUUGAGAAAAUCCUUGACUGGGAGAAUACAUCUACUAAGCAGGUUGAGAUCUCCUUCAAGCCAGCCCGUGUUAUUUUACAGGACUUCACAGGUGUACCAGCUCUAGUUGAUCUUGCUUCUAUGAGGGAUGCAGUGAAGAGUCUUGGUAGUGAUCCUAACAAGAUUAACCCCUUGGUUCCUGUUGAUCUUGUCGUUGAUCACUCAGUCCAAGUUGACUUUGCAAGAUCAGAAGAUGCCGCAUUGAAAAAUGAGGAGCUUGAAUUCAAGAGGAACAAAGAAAGAUUUGCGUUCCUUAAGUGGGGUUCAACGGCCUUCCAAAACAUGCUUGUCGUUCCUCCUGGGUCUGGGAUUGUCCAUCAGGUCAACUUGGAAUACCUUGGACGUGUUGUUUUCAACUCGAACGGAUUUCUCUACCCUGAUAGCGUUGUUGGAACUGACUCCCACACAACCAUGAUUGAUGGAUUAGGAGUCGCUGGGUGGGGUGUUGGAGGAAUUGAGGCAGAGGCAGCAAUGACUUCACAGGUGUACCAGCUCUAG